GCACGCCUGCUUGCUGGGCAGUUGGCCCUAAAGAACUCAGCGGGUUCUGCUUCGGCGGAGACACGCAUGAGGCCCGGCUCGACUCUCCUGCACAGGACCGAAGGGACCAAGCCCAGGAAUGCGGCCCUAGCAGAUCCACUGUCCUGCUCCACCGACCCAUCGCCCGCCCCACACGCGGCUGGAGGCUCGACGGCGCGCGCGCUCACCGCAGCUCGGGCGUUGCAGGGCCGGGAAACGGGCGGCGCGUGCGGGCCGGGCUAAGCGGCUCCUUCCACUGGGUGGCGAUGCCGCGUAAGUUCGGCAGCGCUGAAGUGUAACCGCGCGAAGAGGACACGCCGCUGCGUGGCUACCGUUUCCUUCCCGACCGUUUUUCCCGUGACGCUCCUGUUCCAUGGAGCGGCUCGCGGGCUGAGCUUCCCAUGCCUUCUCCUACCUAAGCUGCCGCGAUGAGCCUUUGUCACUGCUGCCUCGGUGAACUGUUGGCGUGGGCUUUUCUGUCUCUGAUGUUGCUCUUGUCCAAAGUGCAAGGUGACUGUGGCCGUCCAGUGACACCCCGGUAUGCCACACCAAAGAAUGAUCUCAAAGACAGCUAUGCUGCUGGGAGUGUUGUGCAAUACCAUUGCAUCCCAGGGUAUGAAAAUAUACCUGGAACAACUCCUUCUGUACGAUGUCUAGACCCAAACUGGUCAGCUGCUCCUGUGUUUUGUCGAGCAAGGAAAUGCCGUUCUCCAGAUUUAGAAAAUGGACGAAUAACAUCCCCAGGUGAUCUUGCGCUUGGUUCUGAAAUAACCUUCACCUGUGAUCAUGGGUACAGAUUAGUAGGCCAAAAAAAUUCUCGUUGUAUUGUGACAGGUGUCACAGUUGACUGGAGUGGAGCUAUUCCAUAUUGCCAAGCAAUCCUUUGCUAUCCACCGCCAAAAAUUGCCCAUGGAAGACAUUCUGGUGAGGACGAUGGUGAAUAUACAUAUGGCAGUUCAGUAACAUACAGAUGUGAUGCUGGUUUUUCCCUUAUUGGUUCUGCAAGUAUCUCAUGUUCAGUUAAAGCCAAUGGUGUGGACGGAGAGUGGAAACCAAAUGCACCAGAGUGUAAAGAUGUUAAAUGUAAGAGACCAACAAUCCCAAAUGGAAUGGUGGCAAGUGUAUUUCAGGCUGAAUACGUUUAUGAUAAUGUCAUAAAGAUUGUAUGCGAUGCUGGAUAUACUUUGCUAGGGAGUGAACAUAUUAAAUGUGGGGCUGACAAUUCAUGGAAACCUGCUGUUCCAACAUGUGCCAAAGGUAUUUUUACCACCACUACCACCACCACUGUUACUCCAGGAAGUAAGAAAAAUGAGACUAUAGGGCCACCUAUAAGGCCAGCCACAAGGCCAACCAUAAGGCCAACCAGUGAUGCAACCGAAGAAACUGACUAUUGGCCAGUCCUCGUAGCAAGAUCAACCCUGGCAGCAACUUACCAUGUCUUGAACAAAGCUUCUCUGACCCUGAUAAGAUACUGCAAUUGCUAAAAAUAGGUGCUAAUGCUUCAGGUUCUCUUGCUGAUAAGUAGUCUGCCAAACAGACAUCAAAACUGGAAUUUUAUGGCAGGUAAGAAAACUGAAAUAUUUAUAAAGCAGAGAGAGGUUAUAGAUAAUAUUGUGAGUCACCAAAGAAAAUGUAUGUUAUAAAUAAUAAAUCAUCAUAAAUUAUAAUGAAUAGGGAAGCCCUAACAUAAAAUGAGAGUCAAAAGGAUUGAUUUGGGCAGGAUUCUGACAAAUGAAGAGAAGGAUGGACUGUAGCUAAGUGGUUCAAUUGAUAGCAUCUCCAGGAUGGGCUAAAAAAGAUGGGCACAAAGAAUCCUGCCUGAAACCCUGGAGAGCCACUGCUGCCAGCUGGUAUUGGCAGUAUAGGGUUAGCAGGACUGAUAAUCUGACUCAGUAUAAGGCAGCUUCCUAUUUGAAGAACCUUUACUAGGGAAAAGCUACAUAGUAGUAUGGGAGCAGCUUUGAGGAGUUAAAAUUUUACAGCACAAAACCUUGCUUUGUAUCUUGCCUCCUAAAAGGAGUGCUCCAGUUCAGAAAUCUUAGCAGCCAUUCCCUCCCAACAGGUAUUUGCACUUCUACCUGCCACAUUAGGGGUUCUGUUCUUAUUCUCAUGUAUUGGAUGGUUACUCAACAUUGGCCUGUAUUUGGGGACAUUAAUCCUCUAAGGAAUAGCAGAAGUUCUUUUGUACUUCUGCAAACUUCAGGAUUCUCAUGAGUAAAUUCAUAGGUCCCUCUUAUUUCACCUCACUAUGGUCCUGUUGAUGCCCAGUGUUCCAAGCUUGCUAGUAGAAGCAAUAAGAGUAAAGAGACUGAUAGAGGUCCAACUACAACGCUAAAGGAAACUAAUGUAAAUAAUGUAAUAUAAGUGGAGUAGCCAUUGCAUAGACAACUGCUGUGUAUGUUCUCUGGGCAUAAGCACUUUCCUUUCUGAAGCAGGUAUUUUGUUGUGCUUUGUGGGGACAAAUAAGUGGCAUAGUGACGAGGUAGACUGAUAGAAAUCAAGGUGGUUUAAAUAAUUAACUUAAAACAACAAGAAAAAGGUCUGUUGACAUAACUGAUUUAAAUGAAGCUCCCUGCUGAAACUUACAUAUUUCCGAAACAGUGGCACAAAUAUAACAACUGAGGACACAAAUCAGUUUGGAUGCCCAUAGUCCUUUGAUCUUACAGACUUAUGGGCAUCCUACAGAGGGUGGGAGGAAUGCAGGGCAAACACCACCUCCUACAAUUGAGCUAGAUGGCCAAUUUGGCUAUCUAACUGAGGAGCCCCAGAGCUGAAGAAAAGCACCCUGAAGCAAGCCUGAGUCUUUACAGCACCUGUCACCUCCCCCUCCCCAAAAUGGCCACUAAAGCCCAUCUUCAAGAUUUCAUUUGUGACCUCAUAUCCACACCAGUUGCAAGGGGAGCAGGGAAGGCACAAGCAGGCUUUGUAUCUUUUUAGUCUUACUGUAUAUAUUUUGAAUUCAUUUAUUUUCAGUAAUAGAAGGAAUGCCUGUAAAAUAAACCCGUAUAGACUCUUUCAUAUGACCAGCAUCCAUGACAGCUAAAGGAUACUAGCAAAAUUGUAUACAUCUCUUCUCAGAAAUAGAUUCCACUGAGUUCAGUGAGGCUUAAUCCCAAGUACUUUGGUAUAGGAUUGCAGCCUUAAUAUAAGAAUACAGAAAAAUGCACCUGAACCUUUUUUCCUUUCUAGUUUGUUCCAUUCUGCUUCAUUCAGUCUUGGCCCAGUCUGGUCCUGAGAAAAACAAAUACAAAUGAAAACAGAAUGUGCAAAAUUAAUUGGUCAAAGAAACAUUUGAUUGUUAUGGGGCUGAAAAAAAUCCAGCUUAAUUUAUUUAAAAGCUUUUUAGAGAUAUUUUUUUAUCCACUAUGCUAUAAUCCCUUUUUGUCUGAACUAACUUUUGUGCCUUGCUUGACCCAAUUCCACAUAAGCAUGGAGCAGCAAUCAUAGUACCUUAUGUCUGUGACUUAGUCAGAAAAACUAAAAGCCCAUAACUUAGAAGAAAUAAGUCUGGACAGAGUCACUCACUUGAGAUAAAAAAUUGAAAUUAAUACCCAUGUUUGAUUGGUGGGUAACUUCAUUUUCAUGAAACUGUAAAUAUAGGUUUACAAUGAUAUUUAUAUCAUUGCUUAUAAUGAUAUCUAAUUAUAACUUGUUAUUUUUAAAAUUAUGGAGAAAUAUAGUACUUGAAUACCUUUUAAAUAUCAAAGUUCAACUUACAUUCUAACAUCAGUUUUUAAAAAUUAAACAUUGUAUUUUUUAUAUCAACUCUGGCACUCAGACCCAGGUUCUUCCUUCUCUUUAAUUUUUUUGGACAAUUACUUAUCCUCAGUGACUAGUUAGGCUGGGGGCCCCUCAACAUUUUUGGACUCAUGGGAAGUUAUGGAAUUUCAGAAAUUGCUGUGGACACAACCACACAAUGGCUGCUACAGAGUAUGUGACUAGUAACAUAAUGAUUGUUGUAGGGCCUGGCUAGUUAAAGGACAAGUAAUUCACCCAAGUAACUGAGUACAAAAAGGGUCUAAGCUUUAGAGUCAGUUGACAUAUUUGACCCACAAAAGCACAAGAAAAUCCCAUUUCACAGAAGGCAAACGAGUGAGGCUAAAAGAUAUUUCAUCAUCCAUUUCUGUCAUUCACACACAGGCAUAACUCCAAUUCCUGCCCUCACCUGUCUCAUCCGUCUUUCUUUUCUAGUGUUAGAGUGCUGUGCAUGCUUAUAUGAAACUUAGUGGGACUUGCUUCUGAGUAGGCAUACUCAGGCUUGCUCUUCUCAUCCUAUCCAGACACAUUUUUUCCAGCCCAAAAAUAAAGGGAAAUACCCCGAGUCCCAAAAGGAAAGACUCUACAUUGAACCCAGACUCAGCCACCACAUUCCUACCUCCUGUGCUAUCAGAGCGCCUGCCUUUGGAAUCUGCUCUGCAUGAUGGGAUUUUAGAGAGCCAACCAUUUCCCCUGUCUGCAGUAGUCAGCCCCUAGUUUUGUUUUAUUGUUUUCUUUUCAGUUUGUGAAGCCUAGUUGUUUUUCUGUGCAUGUAGGCUUCUCUUCAUGCAGGCAAGUGUUUUAUAAACUUCCUCUUUCGUACAGGAUCUGCACAGAGUCCAGAUGGAGCAGGUCCUAAAGAUGAACCAGGUAAAACUAAAAGGUGCUGGUGGAAAAGAAGCAAUCUCCUAUUUAGGUUAUCUACUGCACUUUGUUGCAGGAAAAAAAAUCUCAAUAUAAAAUUA